AUGUAUCUCGCGUCUCCCAUUAUCCCAGCUGCAACACGUACUGUAUACCUACGGUCCCUCUGUGCAUUUGUAAUUGACAGUUGGAUAUCUUCCAUCUUGCAGUUUACUACCAAUAUUGACACCAUUUGUUUUUUUAACAUUUCAUGGGACAUGUUGGCCCAGGAGUGGCUCGACACGAUUUCCAGUUAUCGUCUCACCGGAAUAUCAUUGGACAGCAUCCAUAUCCAUUCAAUCGAUUCCUUCUUCUCUUUCUUUCUGAGCUUCACCACUCGCGCGCAUGUUAAUCUUUAUAUCUUCGGCACGUCCUAUGUCGAAAAUGCAGAAGAACAAGUAGAUCUAGCACGACUGCAAUCUCACAAAAAACCUGUAGCGCUUCGAUCACUGGUCAUUCGAUGCUUGGAGUAUGGCGAUGUAACAAAGUCGGUCCGUGCUAUCCUUCUAUCCCCAUCAUCUUCUUUCAAUCUACGCGCUCUCGUAGUCGCCAAGUUCAACAUUUCGAGGAUCCGGGAAGACAGCAUGGACAGUUAUGCCAUCCUUUUACGUGACCUGAUUUUAUCGUCAAACCUUCAAGCGCUUCGGACCAUGAGGAGCAAUUUCAUUAUGCCAGCACGGCCAUCUUUCAUAUUCUAUAUCCCCUCCUCCACCAACUCUCAUUUGGCAUCAUCCCUGCUCCGUUUCGAACUCUCGCCUUUCAGCAGAGUUCAGUUCUGCGGUGCCAUACAGCGAUUUGAAUCCAUUUCCGCUCCUAUUCGACGUCUCCCGCGAGAUCGCCAGAAAGUACCCCUGGCUUCUGUCAAGCAUGAUUCUUUGGAACUUGUCAAGGUUCACCUCCAGCGGUCGGGAAACGUUCCGUUGAAAGUAUGCCUGGACCUUUAUUCCAGCGAUAAGCACAAAGUGGACGCCAUUUCUCGCGUUUUGAACGUCAGUCACAGAUGGUGGAAGCUACAAAUUUUGGGCCACUACCACUUGCAGUGUACGAGCUUUCCAUCGUUGUUCCCAGCACUGCGAACAUCUAAUAUUUCAGUAAUGUUUUGGGUGGUGUGGGAGUCUUCGACGCCCCCUUGCUUAGGAAAGUACGAUUGGGUGAGGAGUGUCGCUCCAUUCGCUCCUGCUUCCCUCUCAUAUCACACUUCUCGCGCUUCUCGACCUCUCUGA